CAACGCAGAUGACCAUGCAGGCCUUGACCCUUUCACAGCAACAGGCUCAAGAGCAGCAGCAGCAGCAGAGGCGGCAGCAGCAACGCCAGUGGCCGGACCAGGAAGAGAGGCGCCAGCAGCAACGCCAGUGGCCAGUCCAGGAAGAGAGGCGACAAAGCCCCGUCCGCUCCAGGCAACCUGAAGUACAAGCCCCAAAGCCCCCUCCUGCCAAGAAAGAGCCUACACUGCCUCCUAAUCCCCGAACACAGCAUCGCAUUCCAGAGCCAGAAAUAGAUCUUUCAGACCCUGAAGAGGAACCUGAAUCCUUCAAGGACAAGAAAGAUUUCUUCCAGAAGAUUGUCUCCAAGGAUGUUCAACCCAAACAGCCAAGAGCACCCAAGCCUGCAAAACCUGUUUAUGUUAGCCCACCUGCACCCAAACCCAAACCCAAAGCUCCAACUCCAUCUCCAGUUAAAAAAGUUAAGCCUGCCCCAGAACCCUCAGAGGAACCUGAAGAGCCACAUCCAAGAUCUGCUUCUCCCAGGCCAGAGCCCAGCCACAACAUCCGUGAAAUUAUUAAAUUAUAUCAAAGCCGCCCUGCUCCUGAACCCAAGGGAUUCGAACCUGUUAGAGUACCUUCCAAGACCUUUCUAAAGAAGAAUGACCCCAAAGAGGAAGCACUUGCCAAGCUCCGAGGCAAAGGUCCAGUUGUACAACAGAAGCAGUGGACUCCUCAGCCUCAGGUCGAAAAGCCACCUGCAAGAGCCUUCCCACCUCCAGUGCGCCCCCCUGCUCAACCCCCAGCCCCUCGAUCCAUCUCUAACAGCAUGAGGGAGAAGCAGCGCUCACUUGGGGAUCUCUUUGGGUCACAACGCACUCAGACACGACCCCCACCACCUGAGUUCCCUCCACUCCCCCCUCCCUCUCCUGACAUCCCAGAGCCACCACCUAUGGCUGCACCUACACGUAAUCAGAUCCACAAACUGCUGAGUGAGGAGAACAUUCGCUCUCAGCUCCACAGGUUCUCUGCCAGUGUAUACUUCUCCUACUCUAGUAUGCCAGGCAGGCUCUUCUUGAGGAAAGAGGUUUUCUAUCCCAAAGAGAAGUUCAACCACACAUACAUCCUUAACUUGCUGUGUGAGCAGAUAAUGAGAGACACCUUCUCUGAUUCCUGUGUGAAAAUUACUCGUGAGGAACGUCGCAAGAUGAAAGAUUUAUUGGGCCGAUUCCACGUUGGUCCAAGCAUCAGCACCAUGCAGGAUGAUGCUGUGAAGAAGAGAGUUGUCAUGGCUGCCAGAGACAACUGGGAGAACUACUUCACAUGCCUUUUUCCUGUAGAGGCUGGGGUCGUCGGAGACGCCCAGAUUCUAGGGGUAUCUCAUCGAGGAAUUAAGCUUCUACGUGUUGUCAAGGCCACAGGAAUCAACACAAAACACCUGAAGAAUCUCUGCAGUUACAGCUAUGCUGAGGUGUUGUCAGUGGAGCUCCAUGGAUCUGGUGCAGUGGUCUUCUCCCUGAAGAACGAAUCUCUGGAGCUGCAGUCCUCUCAUGCUCCCCAGAUCACUGCCAUGGUCCAGCUCUUCCUCAGAGAACUUGUCAAGGGAUCUGAAUAUGUUGUCUCACUGAACAGUUAUGUGACUGAUGAUAAAAGCCUCCUCAGUUUCCAUAAGGGAGACAUCAUCAAAUUACAGAAGAUGGAUAGCCUUCAGGAUGGCUGGCUGUUCGGCUCUGUUGGUGGGCGCUCAGGUCUGUUUCCUGCUGAGGUCACACAACCCUCAGCCCCACCAGAUUACCAUAGUGCCCAUCUGAACCGGCAGGAGGAGAGGAGACAGAGCACCAGGACCCCCUCAGCACAGCCUAAGGCACCCCAUUCCCAAAGGACCCCCUCAACACAGCCUAAGGCACCCCAUUCCCAAAGGACCCCUACUCCCAGUGGAGGCACAGAAUACCCCAUGGAGGGACGGCCAGAAAGAGUGUCAAGCUCAGAGCUUCAGCCACACGUCAUGGUUGAAUUUGCCCAGAAAUACUUCAGAGAUGUUGUCACAAGAUCAGACAGUAAAAGUCUGUCUGCACAUGGAAGAAGCUUUGCAGAGACGGUUGAGUACACCAUGGAACCAAUUCUGGUAUCAUUGAUCUUGUAUUCUGACAGCGAGCUCAAUGACCUGUCAGUCCCAUGCUUCACAUGUGUAAUGCAGUUCAUGGGUGACUUACCUUUAAAUAAACAUCAGUCAGAGGGAGAUUGUGUCAAUCAUAUCCUUCAGUUGGGACAGGAAAAGGAGUAUCUGAGGGAUGAAAUCUACUGCCAGAUCAUCAAACAGACGACACGAAAUCCAAAUCAAGAGAGCUGUUCCCUGGGUUGGCGCUUGCUGACUCUGGUGACGGGGUUUUUCCCGUGCUCCAACACCCUGUUGCCCUACUUCACCCGUUACCUUGAAGACUACUUCAAAACCUCUACUGACCCUUUCAAAGAGCUCACUUACAUCUGUGAGGACAACCUUAAACGCUCUCUGGCGUAUGGAGGCCGGAGACACAUCCCAUCUCAUGCUGAAAUGGAUGCUAUACUGGCUGGUAGGAGUACUCUGCAGCUCUCCAUUGUGCUCCCUGGGGGUGUAGAGUUUCCCUGCAAAAUCCAAAGCUUCAGUGUGGCCCUGGAGGUUGUGACUGACCUGUGUACUGAGAUGGGAAUAACGGACCCCUUUGAAGCAAAGGAGUUUUCAAUCAAAGCCACCCGUGGACAAGUGGUGAGGCCCAUCCAUCCAAAUGAAUACCUGUUUGAUUUCCUUCUGGACGACGGCUCCAUCACACUGUCCUUCCAUCGGGUGGUUUGGCAGUACCCCCUGAGCUUUGAAAAUCAGAUGUAUAUCGAGUUCCACUUCCAACAGGUCCUUGCUGACUAUCUGGAUGCAAGACUAUUGCUCCCAGGAAAUAGUGUUCUAGAACAGGUUGUGGAGUUGGCUGUACUUCAGCACCUUGCCCUGGGCAUCAGAGACCUACCAUCACAGUCUGAGCUGAAAGACUACCUCCCCCGGAUGGAGGGAGCGAAUGCUAAAGAUGAGCAGCUGCUCUCUGCAUGCCACAAUCACCUGUCAAGCCUGGGUGACUUGCAUCCGUUUGAGGCCAAAACGCGCUUCCUUCAGCACCUUAGCUCCUUGCCUCUCUUUGGCUCCAACAUCUUCCUGGCUCAGAAAGUCAGUCACCAGAGCUGUCCCUCUCCCUGCAUAGUGGCCGUGACAGCAGCAGAUAUUACUUUCUGUCACCCUAAGACACAGGAAAUAAAAUUGGCGAUACCUCUGGUGGGAGUGCAGUCACUUCGUUCAUACCAGCCCAAAAAAGGGAAACCACCAGCAGUUGAAAUCAACUUUGCUUUUGGCUCUCGUCCCCAAACCAUCUCCGUUCAUCUGAAGCAGGCAAAAGAGCUGUGUCACAUCAUUGCGGUGAUCAUGGAGGAACAUGUGCAACCCACAGCCCAGUGAGUUGGGAGUGAUGUGACCCCACAUGUGAGCUGAGCCUCUGACAGCGUACAGAUGUCUCUUCUAAAAUGUCUAAUUCAUUGUCGGGGGUGAAUGGCGUCAAGCAAUUCAACACAAUUAUAGAAUUCAAUAUACUCAAUUAAAUUAUUGCACGUGUUGCAUACUACUAUUUAUAACUACUGCCCAUUUUUUAAGGAACAUAAAUCCUAACAAUGUGCGUUCCCUUCAGGCCUUAAGUAGGGCCAUAAUGUAAUGCUGGAGGACUGAUAUGUAUUCCUUUGAAAGAAAUUAAAAUUAAUAUUAUAUAUUGUGAAUACAUCCUAAAAUUGCACUCAUAACCUCAAAGGAGAUUUACAUUGUUUCUUAUUUUAUCAGCAGUUAUUGAAAUCUCAUAAUAAUCAUUUUCAAUGCUGUUUCAUUGCUGUUUGCCUUCUUUUUGCAGUCGUGACAGCAUUUUGGUUUGAUCUGAUGUUUAAAUGGUUAUCAAUGUCAGACAGAUAUUGGCAAAAUUCACAGUCCAUUCUUAAAUUUGAAUUUGGUUCUCCAUGAGGUUCACCUGUUUAAAUAAGAUUCUGACUAUAUAAUGCAAUAGGGUAGCCUAAGACUGGAGAUGUGUUGAUUCUAGUUUUGAUAUUUUGCUUGUUUUGUACACAAAUGCUUCAUGAAUAGGACAAUAAUAAUUGCUUGGUGUGUCAAUGGCAAUGGCAAGUCGGCCUGCAGUAUACAACAGGAGUACAGACCCUGUGCAGUAUACAACAGGAGUACAGACCAGUGCAAUAUCAUUUUAAUGUCAAAUGAUUCAAAAUUGUAUUACCUUAGCGUUUGCAUUAUGUCGAUUUUGAGCAGUAGGAUAAUUGUCCUUAUGUAAAAUGAAAAACUAACAAUUUAGAUUUACUAUAUAAAAUUGCUUCAUAGGAUGAAGCAUUUGCCUGUCUUUUUUUCAGAGCUAGAUGAGAGAGCUUUGAUAACCAUGUUCAGUUUCUACUUUGAGGCAUGAAUUUCAAUAUAAUCUUUCUAAAGUAUUUAUUAGCCAAUUAUUAUUGUUCAUAAGAGGAAAUAUUCUACUUAGCAACUUAGAAAUAAUGCAAUUAUUGAGAGGUGAUAAAAAUGUGCACAGGGCUAUACUCACUUCUGUUGUAUAGGCUACUGUGUGAAAUUUGCAACAAUGGGAUACACUUGAUUGAUAAUAGUAACUUUUGGUCUUAGGAGAUAGAUGGAUAGAUAAAAUAGAUAACCUAUACCAUGUGAAUUCAUUUGAUUCUCAGUUUGAUGGUUUACCAUUGCUCAUAUUAUAGCCACCACAGAUCUUUAAAAAUAAAGAUAUUUUUUUUAAUGUAA